CAGCACUUUCAGACCAUGCUGAAGUCUAAAUUGAAUGUCCUAACACUGAAAAAGGAACCUCUCCCAGCGGUCAUCUUCCACGAGCCAGAGGCCAUCGAGCUGUGCACUACCACACCGCUGAUGAAGACGAGGACUCACAGUGGCUGCAAGGUUACUUAUCUAGGGAAAGUCUCCACCACUGGCAUGCAAUUUUUGUCAGGCUGCACAGAGAAGCCAGUCAUUGAGCUCUGGAAGAAGCACACGCUAGCCCGAGAAGAUGUCUUUCCAGCCAAUGCCCUCCUGGAAAUCCGACCAUUCCAAGUGUGGCUCCAUCACCUCGACCAUAAAGGGGAAGCCACAGUCCACAUGGAUACCUUCCAAGUGGCCCGUAUCGCUUACUGCACUGCCGACCACAACGUGAGCCCCAACAUCUUCGCCUGGGUGUACAGGGAGAUCAACGAUGACCUGUCCUACCAGAUGGACUGCCAUGCUGUGGAGUGCGAGAGCAAGCUGGAGGCCAAGAAACUGGCCCAUGCCAUGAUGGAGGCCUUCAGGAAGACUUUCCACAGUAUGAAGAGCGACGGACGAAUCCACAGCAACAGUUCCUCUGAAGAGGUGUCCCAGGAAUUGGAAUCCGACGAUGGCUGAAUGAACUUGAGAUGAUGCUUCAGCAAAGGCAGUAUUGGUCAAGGAGUUCAAGAUAAGAGAUGAGUAAGCAACAAUUCAAAUUUGGGAUGAAAAGACUGCCAAACUAUUGGCUGACAAAGCUUUUUAAAUUCAGAAGAGCAAUUCUAAAUCUAAAGAAAUGUAUCAUUAAAGUAAUUACGUUACAUUGAAAUCUGCUGCUGCUGUGACUUGUGAGGAGGGUGGGGGUAUGGAUGGGGAGUAAGGUUCUAGACUCUUAUUGUUUUUCUUGUUUCCCAAUGCCUCCCUGUGGGAGAGCUUCAUGCCAGUUUUCACCACUCUCAAAUACUUUGCGGCUGUUAGUUGAUGGAUCAUCUUGAUCUGCCUUAUAAAAUCCACAAGAAUGGUAGAGGCAUCUGUGAGAUCUUGAGUGAGGGUGGUGCCGGGAGUGCUGUGCAGAUGCUGGCCACAGGGUUGAAGGAACACCUCAGGAGGAUCCUGAGAGCCCCUCUCCCAUGGCAUGUUUCAGAUUCUCUCCUCAGUAUGCAAAUCAGCACAGCCUUUAUGGAGCUUUACAACUAACAACCUGAUAGUUGGCAGUUAAUUCACAGUUAAAGAUAAUGCUUUUAUUUACAUGAAUAUAUCAAGUAGUACCCUCUUAUUGUAGUCACUUCAUCUAUUUUCUUAGAAUACUUGCAACUACUAAUAACCCCUUCCCUCCUCCUGCCCCAUUCACCCUCUUUCCCCUUCUGAUAUCCCUAGAGGGAUGAAAUAUCAACAGACAGUGCAGGACACCAAAAGGAAAGAAAAUAACCAAGUAAAUGAAGCAAACAAACAAACCAGCAGUUUAAAACAGCUGCAAUGACAGAAACUCUGAAAAAGAGGAAUGAGUGAUUAGCAAGUGAGCAAACUCUUUGUAGGCUGUCCUUUUGUUUCAGCUCAGAUUUAGGAUAACUUAUUUAAUUAAUGGUCCCAUCUGAUACAUCCUUCCUGGCAGGCUUCAAAUCCUGAUCUGGCAUCACCAAGGAAGCCUUGCCCCCAUCACUUAACAUUGCACUUGGAUAGGGAAUGAGUUAAAUUAACUUGGCUUGUCUAGAGAACCGAUGUCCAGCUUAACCUAAAGAGAAAUCUUACCUUGAGGUAAGAUUAAAACUGGUGGUAUCCUAAGGUCAGAAUUACCCAUUUUUUUCUAUUAUUUUGAAUGAUAAGUUAUCAUUAAAAAAUCCUGAGAUGUCUCAGUUUCAUAGAUCUUUAAAUAUCAUGAACACAGAGUCAACAUUGAAUGAAAUUGAAAGUAUUUGUUAAUAUACAUACAUUAAAGGCCGAGAGCAGAUGACUACUUUUCCAGUAAUGCUGCUCUUUUAUAAAAAUCCGCUUUUAUUCCCAGUAAUGCAAGGGCACUGUGGCGCCUAAGAAGCCUUAAGUGAGAGGUAGUCCAAUCCAGAGAGCAAUGGUGUCAGCAUUUUGGUCUGCGUAUCUAUGUGUCCGUGUAUGCGUUUGUGUGUGUGUAAUGUGCCCCAUGUGUGGGUCCAGUUUUCAGGCAUGUAGAAUAAGCAUGGAGUCAUACUGAGGAGGAUUCACCUCUUGAAGAUGUGCUUGUUGCUUUACAACAUAUGUAAACUAUUCUUUAGCAUAAAUGCAUUCAUUCUUUAAUAAAAAUAUGUUUGCAUUAAUAAAGCUGAGGCGUUUCAUA